GCUUGCAAGCUGGAUGCACGCAGUCCGAGUAGGCAGGCAACCUCCGGCUGGGUCGGGCGGCUCCAUGGAGCACUCUCCCGGAGAGGGCUCUAGCCCCAACCCUGAAGACCCUAACCCCAGGCCCAUGGACCAGCCCUCUGUCCCCUCCGAUCCCCCCGACCACCCUCCUGCUGCUCACUCCAAACCAGACCGGGGUUCCGGGGUCCCCCCUGCCGGCCCUGGCGCGGCUGGUGAGGCCCUGGCUGUCCUGACUUCGUUCGGGCGGCGGUUGUUGGUGCUGGUGCCGGUGUACCUGGCCGGGGCAGCGGGGCUCAGCGUGGGUUUCGUGCUCUUCGGCCUCGCCCUCUACCUGGGCUGGCGCCGGGUGCGGGAGGAGAAAGAGCGGAGCCUUCGGGCAGCGAGACAGCUACUGGAUGACGAGGAGCGGCUCACGGCCAAGACGCUGUUCAUGAGCCACCGAGAGCUACCUGCCUGGGUCAGCUUCCCAGAUGUGGAAAAGGCUGAAUGGCUAAACAAGAUUGUGGCCCAAGUCUGGCCUUUCUUAGGCCAGUAUAUGGAGAAGCUUCUGGCUGAAACUGUAGCUCCAGCUGUUCGGGGAUCUAACCCCCAUCUGCAAACAUUCACAUUUACAAGAGUGGAACUGGGUGAAAAGCCAUUGAGAAUCAUUGGAGUCAAGGUUCACCCUAGCCAGAGAAAAGAGCAGAUCCUGCUGGACUUGAACGUCAGCUAUGUGGGUGAUGUGCAGAUUGACGUGGAAGUUAAGAAAUAUUUCUGCAAAGCAGGGAUUAAGGGCAUGCAGCUACAUGGCAUCUUGCGGGUGAUUCUUGAGCCACUUGUGGGGGACAUUCCUAUCGUGGGGGCUGUGUCAAUGUUCUUUAUCCGACGCCCGACCCUGGAUAUCAACUGGACAGGGAUGACCAAUCUGCUGGAUAUACCAGGAGUUAGUUCACUCUCUGACACCAUGAUCAUGGAUUCCAUUGCUGCCUUCCUUGUGUUGCCAAACCGACUAUUGGUGCCCCUUGUGCCUGACCUUCAUGAUGUGGCCCAGUUGCGUUCCCCUCUGCCCAGGGGCAUUAUUCGGGUUCACCUGCUGGCUGCUCGAGGGCUGAGUUCCAAGGACAAAUAUGUGAAAGGCCUGAUUGAGGGCAAGUCAGAUCCCUAUGCAAUCGUGCGGGUGGGCACCCAGACAUUCUGCAGUCGUGUCAUCGAUGAGGAGCUCAACCCUCAGUGGGGAGAGACUUAUGAGGUGAUGGUACACGAGGUCCCAGGACAGGAGAUCGAGGUGGAAGUGUUUGACAAGGACCCAGAUAAAGAUGACUUUCUGGGCAGAAUGAAGCUGGAUGUAGGGAGGGUAUUACAAGCUGGAGUACUGGAUGAAUGGUUCCCUCUACAGGGUGGGCAAGGCCAAGUUCACUUGAGGCUAGAAUGGCUGUCACUUUUGCCAGAUGCAGAAAAGCUAGAGCAGGUCCUGCAGUGGAAUCGGGGCAUCGCCUCCCGACCAGAGCCCCCAUCAGCUGCCAUCCUCGUUGUCUACUUGGAUCGGGGCCAGGAUCUUCCCUUGAAGAAGGGGAACAAGGAACCCAAUCCCAUGGUACAGCUGUCAAUUCAGGAUGUGACCCAGGAGAGCAAGGCUGUCUACAACACCAACAGCCCAGUGUGGGAGGAAGCUUUUCGCUUCUUCCUGCAAGACCCUCGAAGCCAAGAGCUUGAUGUACAGGUGAAGGAUGACUCCAGAGCCCUGACUUUAGGGUCACUGACCCUGCCCCUGGCUCGACUGUUGACUGCUCCGGAACUCACCCUGGACCAGUGGUUCCAGCUCAGUGGUUCUGGCCUAAACUCCAGGCUCUACAUGAAACUGGUCAUGCGGAUCUUGUACCUGGAUUCAUCAGAAAUUUGCUUCCCUACUGUACCUGGUACUCCUAGUAUGUGGGACAUGGAUAAUGAGAGUCCCCAGAAAGGCAGCAGUGUGGAUGCCCCACCCCGGCCCUGUCACACGACUCCUGAUAGCCAGUUUGGGACUGAGAACGUACUUCGGAUCCAUGUAUUAGAGGCCCAGGACCUGAUUGCCAAAGACCGUUUCUUAGGGGGACUGGUGAAGGGCAAGUCUGACCCCUAUGUCAAACUAAAGCUGGCCGGACGAAGCUUCCGGAGCCGUGUUGUCCGGGAAGAUCUCAACCCCCGCUGGAAUGAGGUGUUUGAGGUGAUUGUCACAUCAAUUCCAGGCCAAGAGCUAGACGUUGAGGUCUUUGACAAGGACUUGGACAAGGAUGACUUUCUGGGCAGGUGUAAAGUAAGUCUUACCACAGUCCUAAACAGUGGCUUCCUUGAUGAGUGGCUGACCCUGGAGGAUGUCCCGUCUGGCCGCCUGCACUUGCGCCUGGAACGGCUGACCCCCCGACCCACUGCUGCUGAGUUAGAGGAGGUGUUGCAGGUAAACAGUUUGAUCCAGACUCAUAAGAGUGCAGAGCUGGCAGCUGCCCUGCUGUCUGUCUACCUGGAACGGGCAGAUGACCUGCCGCUCCGAAAAGGCACCAAGCCUCCCAGCCCUUAUGCUACUGUCACUGUGGGAGAGACUUCUCAUAAAACGAAGGCUAUUCCCCAGACGUCAGCCCCUGUCUGGGAUGAGAGUGCCUCCUUCCUCAUCAGGAAGCCACACACUGAGAGCCUGGAGUUACAGGUUCGGGGUGAGGGGACUGGUGCCCUGGGCUCCUUAUCCCUACCACUCUCAGAGAUCCUCAAGGCAGAUCGGCUCUGCUUGGACCGCUGGUUUCCACUUGCCAAUGGUCAGGGGCAGGUGCUCCUGAGAGUACAGCUAGGGAUCCUGGUGUCCCAGCACUCGGGGGUGGAAGCUCAUAGUCACAGCCACAGUCACAGCUCCUCCUCCCUGAGUGAGGAACCAGAGCUCUUAGGGGGACUUGCUCACAUCACCUCCUCGGCCCCAGAGCUCCGGCACCGCCUUACCCAUGGUGACAGUCCCCUUGAAGCUCCCAUUGGGCCUCUGGGCCAAGUGAAGCUGACAGUCUGGUAUUACAGUGAAGAACGAAAGCUGGUUAGCAUUGUCCACAGCUGCCGGGCCCUUCGACAAAAUGGACGGGAUCUCCCUGACCCUUAUGUGUCGCUGUUGCUCCUGCCAGACAAGAACCGAGGUACCAAGAGGAAGACCUCACAGAAAAAGAGGACCCUCAGUCCUGAAUUCAGUGAACGGUUUGAGUGGGAACUGCCUCAGGAUGAGGCCCUCAGGAGAAAGCUGGAUAUCUCUGUGAAGUCUAAUUCUUCCUUCAUGUCUAGAGAGCGUGAGCUUCUGGGGAAGGUGCAGCUGGAUCUAGCUGAAAUAGAUCUUUCCCAGGGUGCAGCCCAAUGGUAUGACUUGAUGGAUGACAAAGACAAGGGCAGCUCAUAGGAGCUGGUGGUGAGCAGCCACUCUGCUACUUUUUUGCCUUGCCUCUCACUGUAUCACCUCGUCGAUGUGAUGAGCCUACAGCUAGGGCCCCAGAGCUGAGCCUGCGCCCUUCAGCUCUUUUCGCCUUUCAGGUCCAUACUAGGGCCUUUGCCUGACCAAAGAGGACCACGUUACCCUUUACUGCAUGGCCUUUAUCCUCAGGCUCCUAGGGCAGGGAUCUGAGCUGGCUAGUUCCUGCCCUGCCUACAUUGUUCUCCCUUACUCCCAACUCCUCAGGGCCUUUUACACCUGUGCCUGGCCACUGGCAGCACUAGCAGUGACAUUAGCUUAUGCCAAAUACAGCUUUUGGAAAGAUCUUUUAACUGAAUGGUCAUCUUCCCUACCAUGAGUGGUCAGGGAGGAUGCACAGGUGGGUAGGCAAACCUCUCAAACUGUGACCUCUUGAACUUGCAUGUAGCAAACGUAUGGCAACCCAGACCCCAAGUCCAUGUCUGUUCACACCUUUUUCAAGCUUGUCCUGAAAAUACACUUGCUAUGAUGGCUAGGGCCAGUCUCCUGAUUCACUGGGACUCAGGAAUGCUGUGAUUCUACCCAAACUUUUAAGUAGUGGGAUCCUGUUCUUAAGAGCCCAAGCUGGUGAUGUGCAGAUGGCCAUGAAGGAUUCAGGACAAGAAGGCCAAUUGUUUGUCCAAGUGCCUAGAUUAUACACUCACUGACAAGAAUUGAAUCUUUAUGCUUUUAAUUUUGCAUCAAUUCUGUCAAUCCAUUGUGUCUUAUAUUAAACAUUACAUUCAAACCAA